AUGGCUUCCUCAGGCGCUGACUCGACCACCCCGUCGAGGUCACCCUCUGCUUUUCCAUCGCCCUCCUUCCAGACGAGGUCGCGCACCCAGAGCAUAUCGAGCGAUCGCCCUUCCACAGUCAUGAGCGUUGGACUGAUGUCUCCUCCCCUCUCCGUCACACCCGAGCCCGCCUUCAUUGCCGCGUCGGCCGCUUCUCAGAUUGUCACCAACGAUCACGAUAGUCAUGCCGAUACUUGGUACGACCAGCAUGGAAUCGAGCCCGCCGGAGAGACCGCCCUCGUCUCCACGGCUGCCCUGCAACUCGUCAACAGCUUUCUCGACCAGCUACUCUUCAACUUUCUGUCCGCCUCCCGCGCAACGACUCUCUCCGCCUUGAGGCCAGCAGUCUCCGAAGUUCUCAAGCCGAAACUCGCCAAAGAUGCCAUCAACCAGGCCGACGAAGAGUUGCGCGAAUACCUGGGUGGUGGAGACGAGGAUGACUUCGUUCAGCCGCCAGGCGCAAGCUCGUCCCCCAAGGACUGGGAUCUCGAGCUCGUCUGGAAGCGCACUCGACUGAGGUGCAUGGUUUACUCCUCGCUUGGCGACAUGGAAGAGGAGGAUGAAGACUACUACAUGGAACAGGAGAACCUCAAGCCCGGCGCGGACGAACGUGGCCCGGAGGUCAUCUCUCCCGCGGUCGCCAUUUUCCUAACUUCCAUUCUUGAGUACAUGGGCGAGCAAGCACUGGUCAUUGCAGGCCAGGCGGCGUAUCACCGACUUCGAGCGAAAUUCGAGAAGGGUCCCACGGAGGGAGCGAAAAUGGCCGACGUCGCUGACAGGAUUGUGGUUGAGGAGUUGGACAUGGAGCGCGUUGCUCUCGAUAGGACUCUGGGUAGGCUUUGGCGCUCUUGGAAGAAGAGAAUACGCUCUCCAGCUUUGGAUGGGCGUCCGUUUUCGCGCAAGCCUUCCAGCCACUUUAGGCAAACCAGCGCGGCCGAGAACAUGCCAGCCAACGGUCUCGGGAUCCAAGAAGCGACGAAAGAGGAACCUGAACUCGACCGCGUCGAGGAAUUCGUCAAGGCAUCGGCCAUUCCCCUACCGAUUGGUGACCGCGACAUCGACGAAAUCGAAGUUCCUGGUCUAGCCUCGUACAGCGAUGAUGAGGCGUCCGACAACGAGGAGGAGGAGCCUUCGGCGCAGCGCCCGAAAAGUCUGAUGAUCUUUACGUCCCAGCCCAGCAACGACCUGCCCACCCCCACAAUGUCUCAACCUCAUACCCCAACCGCUCCUUCCGGCCGCAAGCGCUCAAACUCGCUGCCAACCCCUUCGCCCUCGCCUUACACCUCACCUGUUCUCAAACGCGCCAAGGUCGAACGUAUUCCAACCAAGUUGGUCGGCGAAGAUGAGGAUUCUGUCGACUCCGCCACCAAGGAGAUCUCUACUGAAGAGAUUUCGACGGAAGCCACACCCGUGGACCAGGCGGCGAAAGUCCCCGAGACAAGUGCGGAGAACCAGGAGUCUGAGAGGGCAAAGCCUGAGCCGACGCCAGAGCAGAUUCCUGAAGUCAAACCCCGGAACCCUAAUCGCAGUUCGCAAAAUGUCGCCUCCGUCGCAGCGGCAGCAACAGUAGCGACUGCAGUAGCAGCAGCAGCCAUCCCUGCGGUAGAUGCCACUCCUGCAGCCACGCAGACGGCGGUGAAGGCAAACCCCGCCCCGGCACAGGAUGAGACUGGUGACAUUGACGAUUUGGAAGAGGAGGCAGAGAUCUGCACUUCUAGUAGGGUGUCGGUUGCCGGCCGCAGCUCUCCGAGCGUCUCCGAGUCUGGGAAAGCUGUCGUUGUGGCCCCUAUGAUGGGGCUCAAGAGAACGCCUUCAGCUCGUGUCAUUGACGUUCGUGGUCCCAAGAGUCCCGUAGGAGGGUCGCGCACGCCUUCGGUCGAUGCUUCCGAUCGCUCUCAAACAGCCAAUCUGUCGCGCGCAAGCAGUGUCUCUCGUGUCACGCCACCCAUCGUGGAAGAGAAGCGAAAGCCAAAACCGGUAGAGGUUGACACCAUUAUCCGCUCGUCUGCAUCAACCCCGCGCACACGUUCUCCUAUUGAGAAAUUGUCUCGCAGGCAAAACACGAACGAGUCCAUUCUGGAAGCUGAGGAGGACGCCCAAGCCCGUCCUACACGCCAGGAUAAGUCCAGGACAGUUGCAACUGCUCCGUCGCCAGCAUCAACACCGACGCCUAAGGCUGGCACUCCUGAAAUUAGGGCUUCACAGGCAAUCUUCAACCCGGCCAAACAGCAGCCGUCUCGUCACCAACACAGCCAAUCUGCGACCAAGGUUACCAUCAUCAGCAACACGAGCACCACUGGCCCAUUCGUGGAGGAGCGCGUGCCUUCACCGCGCAAUCGAUCCCAGGCCACGCCAACUCUUCCCGACCGCGGCACCGGUCGCCAAGGCACACACUCGCCAGCGGCAAGCAUUGGUGUUGUCUCGGUGGAGCGAACUGCUGGGCGUGAUUCCCCCGAACGCCCUAGACAGCUUCGCACAUCUGGUUCAUCGGGCUCUUCAAGCACUGGCAAGAUUAGAGCGGUUCGAACAUCCGAGGACAGCAAGGCCUCGGGUCGUGCCGACAAUCUGGCGCGGAAUUUCGAGGAACUCAUCCAGAGCGAUCAAACAAUUCAAUUCACGCUUACUCCGGAAAGCAUGCGUGAUAUGGACAACAAUCGGGCGCGCACUGCAAGCCCUGCCGUGGGUGCUAAGUCGAGACGAAGCGAGGAUGCUCGGACGGCAAUGGGUGGUGAACGGAACAGAUCCGUUUCCGGCGCUGACAUCAGAAGAACUAUGUCCGUCAGUCGUGCAACAGGUUUAAACUCUCAUCCUGUCGAGUCCAAACCCAAAGGCUUUGUUCCCAAAGCACCUCCAAGCACCACAUUGACCAGAUCGAGAACGAACGGCCCAAUGGCUAGAGAUGCUCGAAUCCCUCGCGAUACGUCCAUGAACGACUUCGCAGACUUCAUUCGGUCGACCGGCCCGACUGCUGACAACGGACCUGCACCGCUACGCAACAUGAGCGGCCCGCCGCCGCCUGUGAAGCACAGCCUUGACUCGAGACGCAUCUCGUCAUCGACCAACCGACCCCGCCUUCAGGCACGCGACGCUGCCGUCGACAAUCGAGAGGACAAUUCCGACCUCAUCGAUUUCAUUCGGCGAGGACCUCCCAGCGCUAACAAUCCUCGUAUUCCACGCACUGUUGCUCCGUUUCGCACCACUAUGGAUUCUGACCAGAUGUCAGGUGCCGUUGGCGGUAAAGCUGUCGAUGCCAGCCUGCCAGACAUUCGGUACAGCCGGGCAUCGACCAACGUGACGGACAUCACGAUGCCCUCCGUCCAAUCGUCGAUCAACUCGCAAAGUGCGCUCCUCAAGAACCGCCCCAGCGCCAACACCUUCGACGAAGACGACAUGAUGCCGAAGCGCACCAGACGACGCGUGCGUGACCCCUACGCUAUUGACUUGAGCGACGAAGACGAGGAAGAUUACGCCCAAGCCGUUCGACCUCCUCCCAAGAAGGAGGAAAGCUUGGCGGACUUCCUCAAAAACUAUCAGCCACCACCUGAGCCCGCCGCUCCUGUCAUGCCACAGAACAUCAAGCGAAAGGCCAGCGCUCCCAGCCUUAUCGGGCGAUUUUCAAGGAAGGACAGCAACGCUGGAUCGACUGCGAAGCCACCCAAGAUUGACAGCCGUUCGCUGAAUAGCCGUGCUGGAGCUGCCGGAAACGGCCAUGUUCCGAUUCAGGUUAACAUGUCUUCCGGCCAAGACAAGUACGGCGCUGGUGACGCCACUGCAAACCGGCCCACCAUGCAUUCCUCUGCCGGACGCGUGCCAAUGAAGAAGUUCGAACCAAGGGAGGCAGUCUCUGCCACGAGCCGCACCAGCGACCUGGCUUCAUUCCUCCGCAACGCCGAGCCCCCACCACAGGCGCAGCCAGCCCGCUUCAGCCCUCCCGCUGAGCAGCAAAGCAGCGGCGGUGGCUUCUCCAAGAUGUUUGGUCGGCGCAAGAAGUCGAGCUUGGCCUAG